GUAGGGUUUCUUUGGGUGAGUUCUCCAUCCCUCCUUCAAAUCCUUCGAGUUUUUUCAAGAUUUUGUAGGUAUCCCAGAUUAUCCGAAUGUCUGGAAGGAAUCGUAUGCCUCGAGGUCCCCGUGAUGGCCCAAUGCCUGUUGUGCACCGAGGACCCGGGCCCCUCCCUCCUCACCCUGCCGCUCUUGAAGAGGAACUUGAACUCCAACAUCGAGAUAUACAACGGAUUGUGGCUGAAAAUGGACAUGUGGUUGAAGAAAAUGUUAUUCUUCAGAGGGAAUUGACUGCGAUCAAAGACGAGAUUCAUAGACUCGCUCAAAUCAUUCCCAAAUUACAUGCCGACAAAGAAGCAAGGGCCCGGGAUUUAAUUGACCGAGGAAUGAAGCUUGAGGCUGAGCUUCGUGAGACCGAACCUCUGAGGGUGGAUGUGGGUCAGUUAAGAGCUGAAGCUCAGAAACUGAACUCAGUGAGGCAAGAAUUAUCGAAUCAAGUUCAGAAUCUCACCAAGGAUACCAGUAGAUUGAAGGCUGAAAAUGAGCAGGUGGUGGCUGUUAAGGCUGAUAUUGAUGGAAUGAGGAAAGACCUUGGGGAGAUGAGGAGAGAUUAUGAAAUGAUGAAGAAAGCGAAUGAGGAACACAUGAUUCAGAAGGAAGCAAUGGAAAAGAAUCUUAUUUCAAUGGCUCGUGAAAUAGAGAAGCUUCGAGGGGAGCAAAUGAGAACACGUGGCCUUGGUGGUGGGGGAUAUGGAAUGUUAAAUGGAAGCCCUGAUAUGAGGUAUCCAGGUAGUGGAUAUGGUGAUGUAUACGGUGGUGGUGGUGGUGGUUGGGGAUCUUACGACCACCACCGAGGACCUCCACGCCAUUAACAUCCUCUGCUCGGACAUAGGGGUGUAAAAGUAUCUCCUUUGGGUUAAGCUGAUGUGUGUAAAGAUGGGAUCUUUAUGUAUGUUUCUGUUUGCUGUAAAAGCAUCUUGGCUUCACAUCUCAUGUUAUAUGAUGAGUUUUCUUUCUGCUA